GUACUUCUCUCCACCCCCCAAGUCCCCCAAGAUGACCUCCCACAACCUCUCAACAUGCUGCAUAACGGGUACCCUCCACGAAGGCGAACCCAAGGGUACAAUCCAAGACAUUGAGAACAUCUCAACCUACAUCACCCACCCCCCCACCGACACCAAAAAAGCAAUCCUCCUCCUCACCGACGUAAUCGGCCACCGCUUCGUGAAUGCCCAACUCAUCGCCGACCAAUUCGCCGCCGCCGGUUAUGCCGUGAUCAUGCCCGACCUCUUCGCCGGCGACAGCGUCCCCCUCAACCGCCCCGAGGGCUUCCAGAUCAUGGAGUGGGCGAAGGGCCACCAGCCGCAGCACACCGAUCCCAUCAUCCACACCGUCCUCGCGUAUAUUCGCUCGACAUUGGGGUGUGAGCGGGUCGGCGGGGUCGGGUAUUGUUUCGGCGGGAAGUAUGUGGCCCGGUUGUUGAAGUCCAGGGCGGAGGGCGGGUUGGAUGUGGGGUUUACGGCGCAUCCGACGAUGAUGACGCCUGAGGAGUUGGCGGGCGUGGAGGGGCCGUUGUGUAUUGCUGCUGCUCAACAUGACCCGAUCUUCCCUGCGGAGAAGAGACGCGAGAGCGAGGAGAUCCUGGGCAAGAAGGAUCAGGCCUGGCAGAUUAGUGUGUACUCCGACGUGGAGCAUGGGUUUGCGGUGCGCGGGGAUCCCAAGGUGCAGCGGGCGCGGUUUGCGAAGGAGCAGGCGUUUGCGCAGGCGGUGGCGUGGUUUGGGGAGUAUUUGUGAUUUGGAUUUGGAUUUGGUGAUUGCAGAAGGUAGAUGGCCUGAGGGAGAUGGAUGCAUGCAUGCCAAGGCUGGACUGGAAUUAUCUUCCGAGGAUGAGGCCUUUCUGUUAUCGUCAACUCAGGAAAUCGUAGAACUACCAGAUCAACCCUCCACCAUCAAUGAGUCUCACAUUACUAAGUGAUCAUUGACUACUUCUAUACAGCAGCAUACCCCCAAACCAAUCACAUCGCGCAGCAAC